UCCCUGGUUCAUAACCCCUAUUCCACGAUUAAGGAGAUGGUGUCACCAAUACUCCAGGAUCGAAAACCAACCGUAUCAAACUACGCAAAACAAGAUGCAGCGAUCGAUCCCUUCUCUACCACUUGGAUCAUUAACUUAUCCGUUCCAUUGAUCCAUUGAUAAAACCAUUCUUCGAAGACUGCGCGACCAUUGAGGGCGGCUUGCGUUUAAAGAAAGUCGCAGUCGACCGGUCGAACAGGGUCCGGGAGCCGAAAAUGUCCGUGGUUGACUUCCAAGGAACCACCCCCUGGCCCCUGCCUUGCCGUCUUCCUCACUCUGGAGACGUCUCGGCACGGAUUCGGGGCCAUGAGGAGGCCACACUCGGGCGUCGUGCAGUAGGUGUCGAGUAUGGGGAUAAGCCUGGACGUAAGAACUGGGCGGAGCGCCGACAAGCAGAGUCGGAGUGGCAGGACGGAAGAGAGCCGGCUGUUAUCAUUCUCGGUGCUGGACAGGCGGGACUCACCAUCGCAGCCCGCUUGGAGGCUCUCGGGGUGAGCUCCCUCAUAGUCGACCAGAACCAGCGCAUAGGAGACAACUGGAGGAUGCGAUAUCAUCAACUCGUUCUGCACGACCCGGUCUGGUUCCAUCACGGUGGAUCACCUCCCCUACGAGCUUAG